AUGAAGUUUUCUCUUGGAACAGUUUUGGUGGCAACGCUUGCCUUGACUUAUCCUAUCCAAGCUAAGAAUGUUCCUAAGAACGGACGCUAUAUAGUUCCUGCCGUCGAUGAAGCCAGCAGCUAUCAGGACGGUGUGGUUUCUCAUAAAAAGGCGGUUACUACAGUCCCUUGGUUUAGUGAUCGGGCUUCCAAGAGUGUUACGCCUUCUGCAAAUAUCAGUCGGACCUCCAGGCAUCAUCAGGCCACUCAACGUUCUCGGUCCUCAGAGGCACCUAAUGAGGGAAAUUCCUCAAAACAGCCCUCCUCUACUACCAAGAAUGACGAUCAAGGCACAGAGUCGACAGGGUAUACAAAAUAUAGUUCGAAUCAGUCGAAUUCAGCCAACACCAUAUCUCACCCUUCAAACACCUUGGUCUCAUCGGAGACAUCCCGUUCAAAUCAACCGGGGCCUUCUACGACCCACACCACUAGCUCAUCCAAACUGCCUACCUCAAACACUGGUGGCUCAUCUGGAACAAGCACACCCUCUAGGCCCCCCCAAGGGGACACUGGAUCGGACUCUGCUACAUCUUCAAAUAUGCCAGAGCCGACAGGCUCGCCAAGUACUACUAUAACUCAUGCACCUUCCAAAUCUCAUUCGACAAUUAAUUCGUCCAUGGCGGUCAUCAUUCCUGGUGGACAUACUACAAGUGAAGCUGUGGUUGUCCCUGUAGUAACAACUGUCGCAAUUACCAAGGGCCAGGAGACCAGCAGUGCCAUUUUUACUGCUACCUCUGUUACUACCUCGGAGGAUUCAGAGCCAACGGCUGCAUGGGGUUGUGCUUCGGUUGACAUUUGUGGCGUCUGUCUUGUUCCAUUGCUUUGUCCAUUGAGCCUUACCUGGGGUCUUAUCGGUGGAUGGGUUCCAGUUAACCCUCUACCUGGUGGUCCAAUCCCUCUUCCAGCUGGCGGUCCAAUGCCUCCUCCUUUACCGCUCAAACCCCCGGUCGCUGACACUGCCACGUCGAUGACAACCUCCACUACAACCACAAGUUCCACUUCAAGCACCACCCCUGCCUCUACUUUGCGCCUUUGUAUGUCCAUUAUUGAAUCUGGUUCAGUAGAAGCCACCUCGACACCGAUGACUAGUUCAGCGGCUUCUACGAGUGCAACUCCAACCACCACUCCCGUCUCUACACUACGCCUUUGCAUAUCAGUUGUCGAAUCCGGCUCAGUAACAGCUACCAGCGCACCGUGGAGUGUCACUUCGUCAACGCGCGCUUCCGGUUCUUUUGCUACAACCUUGGCAACCACUACAAGCUCGGCAAUCACCAGAAGCUCGGCAUCCACCACAAGCCUGACAACCACUAGAAGCUCGGCAAUCACCAGGAGCUCAGUGAUCACCACAAGCUCGGCAGCCACCACAAUCCUAACAACCACCAGAAGCUCGGCAAUCACCAGGAGCUCAGUGAUCACCACAAGCUCGGCAGCCACCACAAGCCUAGCAACCACCACAAGCCUGACAAUUACUACAAGCUCAGCAGUACCUAUGCCUCCCCCUGAGGUAUCCAUUAACGCAGUGGCCCCUAGAGGGGAUGGAACUACUAUCCACAAUGAAGUCGGUUGUAUCUCGGUCAAUGGUCAAAUCCUAUGCAACAGCUGGACUCAGUCCGCAAUACGCACCGAUUCAGACACCACCACAGUGAAGAUAUACGCAAAGGUUGAUGGCGGUACUUCGGACCACGUGAAUAUACAGCCUGGUUGUGAGCUGACUGCCAGCUGGCCGUCCAGCUAUGGUGAUGUUUACUAUAAAGCGGACGACUGCCUCUAUGACGCUCAAGACAAUCCCAUUCAAUGCUGCACUCAGCCCACAACAGAUACCGUUCCGAAUCCAUACGCGCCUAUCUGUAGGAGGUCCUACAAAUUCCUUUGGGAUAAAUUCACAAUCUGGAGCGAGGACUGGAUCACAGAUGAUGGAUUGACUCUUCACGCGGCUGUUAUGAAAUGUGGUAUUGUCACUGACUGGAGUGCCUCCCGGACUGGUGAUAAAAACACGGGAAAGGGCUACGAGGUAGUGUUUGAUAUAACAUUGCAGGCGAACAAUUGUGUUGGAAAGGCUAUUUAUAACUCGGGAGGACCUGCUGUUAACUGUUAG